AUGGCUAGUUCGCAUUUGGACGAAGGAGUUAAUAAGAAGGGUCAUAGUUCUGAAGGACACGCAGGAGGAGGACGAGGAGAGCCUGGGGCGAACUUGGCUGGGGGUUUUUUGGGCGGAGAGGCUAAGAAGCAGAGUCAAGGAGCAGAAGGAAGAGGAGGAGGAGGAAUGGGGCUGGCCAGUGGGUUUCCGGCCGGGCCAGGGGCUAAGAAGGAGAGUCAUGGAGGAGGAGGAGGAUUGAUGGGGAUGGCCAGUGGGUUUUCGGCCGGGCCAGGGCAUAAUCAGAGUGGAAUAGCCCAGCAGUAUGGGCAUAAGGGGAGUUCAACAUAUCAAGGGACCCCGCAGUAUGGAGGUCAGAACCCAACAUAUCAAGUGAACGCGCAGCAAAACUUCGGACAGUACGGCGCCCCACCACCGCAUAGCGCUCCAGGCGCAGAUCUACCACCGUCACAGCAGCAUUAUGGUCAGGAGGCCCAGCAGUUCGGGGAGCAGCAGUUCGCGCAGCAGCAGUAUGGAGCGCCACCUGCUGGGCGGCCCCCGAAGAGACAGUAG